AGACAAUGGUGCUGGUGGUAUUAGUGCUGGGCCUGGCGCUGGACCUGGCCAAUGCGCAGUUCAACUUGCACAUUGCCGUGGGGAAAAACUACAACAUGGCCAGGAUUUCUGGGGUCUGGCACCUUGCUUCCAUGGCCUCAGACAACAUGACGUACAUUGAGGAAAAAGGAGACCUGAGGCUCUUCAUCCGGAACAUCCAGUUUUUAAACAACAGCAACCUGCAGUUUGACUUCCACAUCAUGAUACACGGAGAAUGUGUAGCCGUGACCGUGGUCUGUGAGAAGACUAAGAAUAGCGGGGAGUUCUCCAUUGCCUAUGAGGGGGAAAACAAGGUGCUGCUCGUGGAGACUGACUACACAAUGUAUGCCAUCUUCUACAUGCAGAACAUCAAGAACGGGACCAAGACCCAAGUGCUGGCGCUCUAUGGGCGCUUCAUGAAGAUUGACGAGACUUACCAGGAAAGAUUUGAAAACAUCUGUAAACUGUAUGGGCUGGGCUCACAAAACAUCAUCGACAUGACAAACAAAGAUUUUUGCUAUUUAUAGACGUUAAGAGGAGCCAGCCGGGCCUUCUGCUUUGCACCCCAGAGACCUGAGAUCCAGGCACUGUGGAGCCAGCCCUGGGCAUCCUCUCUCAGAUGCUGGCCUGUGGUCAUCUCUCCAUGGCGUCGGUCUCCGUCUUCACAGGACCCUGUGUGUCUGCAUUUCUUCCUCUGCCAUUAGAUGUAAGCCGCCCAGGCAUCCAAACUGAUCUUACCUCAUGUACGAAGACCUUUGCCAAAUAAAUUUCCUCCUUUAGUGUCAGAA